CAUUACGAAAACACAAGCGCAUAAAUGUCUCUCCGCGAUAUUUUCUUGAGAAAUGACUUCGACAAAUGAUGGAAAAGACGUGAAUUGUAAACAGUCAAGUGGCCCAAGAGGCAAAUUAUAUUUUAUUGAACUUUACAAGUUCCUAGACGGUCGGCUGAGUGGGGAGGGGGGCUUGCAGGAGCGCACUCAGCACCUCUGCCAGGCGUGGGAGUGCAUCCACAGCCUGUGCCUGCAGAGCUCUCCCAAGCUCCACCUGCACCUGCUCGGCUGGCUGCAGACGCACACCGCACGGACUAUAUUACAUACGGAAUGGCAAAAGCCAGAAAUAUUGCCACAGCAUGCCAAGUUGGUAGAAGCGAUCGAUGUUCAUAUCAAAGAGGGGAAAGACGCGAUCUCGAAAAGAAAUGGAUCGGGUCUUUUCUGGGAAAUCCAUUUGCUGAAGAGAGCGGAGUGGUUCAAGAAGGUGCUCUCCAAUCCUUGGGGACAUCCAAUCCUCAAGAGGCUAUCGAAUCCCACAGAAGAAAAGCCCAGCGAUAAAGAAGUAAUAGAAUGGCUGAGAGAAGAGCGCAGCGAGAUGUUCGUGUCGCGGCUGCGGCAGUUAGCGAUGUCAAAGGCGUGCGCCGACAUCGCUGCCUCCCUCGCCACUGCAGUCAUGGAUCGCGCACGAGCAUCCGCGGCCACGCAUGAACAGGAUAAAGAUAAAAUGAAUAAGAGUGAACCGACGUUUGCGGACACAUUGAGUAGGGAAGCUGGUUUUAACUCAGAAGUUUGGGAUCUCCUCACAGACUUGGAGUUUGUGCUUCUCUACCAGGGUGACAAUGCAUCGCGGUGUAUAGAAUUGGCGAAACAGCGUUCUCUGCGCAGCGGCUACAAGCUAGUGGAGCGGAUGCUGGGUCACGUGGACAAGCUGCCGCGCGAGAAAAAGCUGUGGAAGAACGCCAAGAAGGUUGCUAAACUCAUUGCACAGGUGACAAUAACCCGGUGCAUGGUGUUACCGUCGUGCGCGGGCGUGGUGUACGACGCGCUGUACCGGUGUGCGCGCUCCCUCGCCGCGCUCAUCCCGCCCGAGGGGUUGCCGCGAGCUGCCAACGCGCUCGCAGCACCCGCCGCCACCGCCGCGCAUCUGCACACUCUGGCCACUGCUGUCGCCGAGAAGUGCAAAGAUGAAAUGAAGGCAUUCGUAUGCGAAUUGUACGUGCGUGCUAUAACCACUGGAAUGAAUGAACUGGAAAGGCUCAAAUUAAAGACUGAAAAGGCGUCCGAGGCAAGGUCAACAGAGCAGAUGCUAAGCACAUGGUUCACACAGUUGGGCUCGCUGCUGUCAAAGAGUCCACGUUUGAACUACGAGUGUGCGCUCACCGCAUUCUCUGUCCACCCCUCGCCGGCGAUGUACGAGCGCAUUGUUGCAGCGCCACCGUUACCACCAUUGACUACUAAUAAUGAAUCCCCUGAAGCCUCAGCGGACACAAACUCGGAGUUUGGCAGUUGGGCUACGGACAGUCGGACGACGACUAACUUUGUGAAGACUUCGGAGACAUUGAAUAUCAAACAAAUACAAAAUAAUGCAAAUGUGUUGUCAACUGCCGUACUAACGGAAGGAGAGGCGAUUGGCUUGGGAACUGACUUGUGUCAAGACUUGGCAGUACUUCUCUCCGGACCAAGGCAUAAAAUACUCUCAUGGGAUAUUAACAGGGAUGUCCUGCUGGAGAACUGCAGGACGUACAUGGAGCGGACUGACGGGGGCACGCGCGCUCUCACCACCGAACUCAAGUAUCUCAAUCUGGAUCCUCGAUCCUUUCAACAUUUACCAUUUGAAAAGGAUGAUGAAGAUAAUAUUUAUUACGGCAUCGAGAAAGGUUACGAACAUUUAGUAGAACAUGAGGAAGUUGAGACUGAAAAUCAAUGGCAACAAGUCCUUUUCGACUCAGAGACGGAAGAUGCGAUAUCCAGUUGUAUAGAAGAUAUAGAUUCCUCCCCAGUGAGACGGAAAAAGAAAAAAUCUAAACGUCUAGAUUCCACUGAUGAAGAAAUCGAUCCACUUUCAUUAUCUGAUGAUCAACAGAAUCAAAAGAAAAAGGAGAGACCACACAGUAAAGAAAGAUUAAAAUCAAAGACAAAAUCAUCGAGCAAAAACAAAGACAGCACUGAAAAAUUUACGUCUGAAAAGAAGGAACAGAAAGGUGAAAGGAAAGAACGAAAGAAGAAAGAUAAAACAAGUCUCCCAGAAACAUCUAUUCCCUUAUCAAGUCUUAUUGGCAUGAAAGUUACGAGGGUUGAAGAUAUCUCGGAAAAGUUAGAGAAGCAAAGUGAAGAACAGAAUCAAAACAGAAAAUUGUCUAUACCAUCACUCAACUCCGAUAACAGUGACAAUGUUGUUUUUGACGGGUUAUACUCGAUGGAUGAUAUUUCUAGCCCAGAAAAAAGUAAUCGAAGUCUUCAAGCACUCUACAAGGAAAGUAAAUUAAAUGAUGAUUUAGAUGACGAUAACAAACCUUUGUCCCAAGUGAUAAAUGAAGCAUUAAUAAAUAACCAAAAUAAAAGGAAAGAAUUACGUCUUAAUCCAGUAAUAUCGCCUCAGACUAAAUAUACCCAUGAUAAGGAAUCUAACAUUAAUAUCAACUAUAAAGAUAUUCCAGACCAACGAGACGAUACAAUAGUCAAGGAAAGUAUUAAGAAAUUGGUAGAAUUCAGAAGGUUAAAGAAUGACAGUAACAUCCAACCAAACACUACAAGUCAAUUACAAAGUUCUAUCGAAAGCUCAAAUGCUCAUAAACAUAGCAUGGUGCUGCCACGCAAGACAGCACAGGACGAUAGUAAAGAACCAUGUUACGUGCCAUCGACAAGUUCUCCUUUGCACCAGAAUACGCCAAUGAAUAAUGCAAAUAUAAAACAAUUCGAACACAUAAGUCCUUCAACUAGUGAAGUGAGAAGCAUAUUGAAUGGAAAUCCGAUAUCAUCUAAUAACUCAGGAAACCUUUAUGUUGGUCGAAUUGUAUUUGGCUUGGCAAAAUAUACUAGCACAUUGAAUGAACAGAAAUUAAAGGACAAUGAUACUCAAAGUAAACUCAAAACUGUUUCGUCUGUUACGAAACCUGAAGGCAGAAAUGUUAGCCACAAAGUGUACAGCAAACGAUCGCCAGAUAAGGAAAAACGAAUUGCUCAGAAACAAGUUCUAGCUCGAAAUCAGCCACAAUAUGAGAAAGCCAAAAUUUUAAAUGAAUUACAGCCGCAGCAACAAUGCGAUAAAUUGAAAAGUACAAAGGAGACCAAAUCUAGUUACAAAAAUUUUGUAGAUGAAUUAAAAGCAACCAUAAAUGCUGGUACUAUUGAAGACGAACUUUACAAGGAUGUACCUUCGAGUAACACAUUUCCUAUAACUAACCAAAAUAAGUUAAAAAUACAUUCAGCUUUAACAACGCAAUGUGCCAAAUCUAUUGUACACCAAAAGAUAACUGAAGCACCAAAUACAUUCGCUAGGCUUAAUUAUAUGCAUAAAAACAAGCAAAGUCAUGCGAGACCUAAAGCCACCAGCACCAUUAAACAAAUGCAAGAAACAAAAUUGUCCACUGAAUUGGAUAAACAAAUUGUUGAUCAUAAAAUAAAAAAAUUCCACUACCUCCAAACCAAAGAUUUAACAAUAUCCCGAGUUGGAACCGGAGUUCACAACAGACAGUCAAAAGAUACUCCAUCCAUGAUACAAAAGAAAGAAGUCCGUACUCCAUUAAUUGUACAAAAAACAGGACUUGAUGACCCAUUAACAAUACAAAAGAGAGUUAUUAGUAACUCCCCAAAUUUGACGAAAGAUCAAUCUGGUGUAUCCAACGUUAUAAAAUCGAAUGAUAUAAAGAUUCCCAUCACGGUUAAAACAGAUGCCAUCGAGGAAACAAUCGUAGUAAAAAACGCUAAAAAACACGAUGGAACAAUCGGAACAACAAAAUCGUCUUUGCUAUUGGAAAAGGACCAACAAGAUAUACUAUUACUUUUGCGACAGCAGAAUAAGUUAAAUGCUCAAAGUCCUGUAACAAAAUCCGAAUUGAAAUUUAAACAUGCUGCUCAAACAUCACCCCAAUCUAAAACCGAUAGUAAAAGUUUCACCCAUAACGCAAUUUCUAACCCCCGUGAUUUGGGUGGAGCAGGUGUCCAGAGUUUGAAUGAUUUCAAAAAUGAAAAUACUGUCCAAAAGUGUGAGUCCAAAACUAAUACAGUAAUUUCUUCAAGCUAUCAAACGCAUCCAUCAAUCAUAAAAAUGCCAAUAAGUGAAAAUAAAACGAUGAUUUAUUCGUCACAAUCAGUGUCGAAGUCGGAUGGUUCUUGUGAAGUCGCACGUACAACACAGGAUGUUAACUCUGAAAUUAAGAUGCCAGUUAAAAGGGAGAGACACAUCCAGAAAAAAACAUCCUUAGAUAUCGAAACAAAAUCAGACUGGAAAUUGGUCAUGGAAGAUCUUUUGAAACAUAAAACACCAAGCCGUGGUCCCAAUGCUCUUGAUGUAGCACUUAACAAAGAUUCAUUUCAAAAGCACCUUGCUAAUAAGGAAAUUGAUACAGAAAAAGCAGAGAAAGCAGAGAAGGUAAAAAGAAACGAACAGGCCCCUAAAACCUCUUAUGGUAGUAAUGUCGAUUAUCAGAAAGUUGUUCCGUCAGAUUCGAUCAAGAAGACAGUAGUUACUGUUCCAACAACUCCAACAGACUUACCGAAAAGAAUAAGUAGGCCGCAGGAAAUACAGAAGACAGAUAUGUAUUACGUACCCAAAACAUCGUUACCCGAUAUACCAAAGAAUACGUGCGAUGUUCUCAACCAAGAUCCCUUCAUAUCUGGUAUACCGAAUUCUGAUUAUGAUAUCUUAGAAGAACUCAUGGAUGACGAUCUGCGCCAAGAAAUCGGCGAACUGAUUUCAGAUGAUGAAUCUUUACAUUAUGCAAAUGUAACAGACAAGAAAGAAAGUCAAUGCUCAACUAUUGUAACUCCUUUCCAAAAAAGUUUCUAUGAUAAUACACAGACGAAUGUAGAAACUAUCUGUGCAACAGUUUUCCAGCAAGAUAACACAUUCGCAACAACUAAUAUAGUACGGAAUGUUACAAAUACAAAUUUAGCACAGUUUCCACAACCUACGUCGUCUUUGAGCAGUGUUGGUCAAGCUUAUUCUAAUAUAGCAGUUGCUGGAACCAUAAAAAUGACUCGUACAGACAGUAUUGUACAAAACAUUUCCACAACGAUUGCGUCAAAUAAAUCCCCUAUUGGUGAAAGUCAAAGUUCAUUGCAUUUAUCUCGUGCUAGCAAUGAUGUUUACCCAAGGAGAGAAAGUAACGUAGAUUCAAGAAAUGUUAUUUUUACUACAAUACCGCCAAGGACUGUUGUUAUUGGCUCAGAAACGGUUUACGAUCCAUAUCAUACCAUGCAAAUACAAGGAAACCAAAAUGCACAAGUUCGUAGCUUCAAUCCCAACACGUAUUUAAAUGUCAACAGUAUGCCAAAUAUUUCUUUUUUACCUACAACAACAUUUGCAGCCCCACCAGUUGUUUAUGGCAAUACGUUUACGCAAACUGGGACGCAAAAUAACAUAAAAGAUACGUUACCCAAUUCUACUAUCCAACCUAUGAAAUAUGCUUGUAAACCAAACCUCAAUGGUGCCGACCAUUCUAAUCAAUUUAUAGAAAGUCGAACAACAUCAAGCGAAAUUAAAAAUCAAAUUAUACUAAAGAACCCGUGCAGUUCUCCUGAUGUAGACUUAGAAAUCAAUAAAAAUUUGAUCUUGAAUCGUGAAAGAAAUGAAUUACAUCAAGUACAGGUUGAUAAAUUAUCACAUACAAAGAACGACAGCAAGUCGUAUCCAAAAGUAGAAUCCUUAGGUGAUACUGACGCAAUGAUAUCUUCCAAAGAAAAUGAAAGAUUGAAAGAAAAGCGCAUGGCAUUAAUAAAUAGAGAAGUAACACAUUAUAUAAAUCUGCCACCAAUACCAUUACCAUAUAUGGCAUUAAAUAGAAAAGAAGAAAAAAGCGGCAAUUCAAGCGAAAGUAAAGAUGAUAGCGUUUUAAACAUAAAAACUCCUGAUGAGGAUUUCAAUGAAAAUUCAUCUGUCGAAUAUUCGAGCAAUGCAUUAUUGGAAAAGUGCAAAAAUGAUAAGAAUAAAACAAAUGAUGCAGAAUCAAAAGAGAGUAGUAAUGAAAUAAAAAAUAGAUAUUCCGGUACUUUACGGCGUAAUCGUUCGCCUCAGAUACCUUCAUCUUACGCUAUGGAUAAAGAUAAAAUAAUAUUAAGGAAGAAUAAUGCCAUAAGAAAUACAAAAAGUAAAAUAAAAAUGACUAAUGCACCACUAAAAGGUACAUCUACUGUAAAACAUACAAAAAUAUUAAAAACUAAUAUAACCAAUAGUUUGAAAAAAGCUCUGAAAGUACGAAAAUCUAAAGCAAGUGUAAUUAUAAAUUAUGAUCAAGAUAAUGCAACUCAGAAAUUAGAACAUAAUACAGGAAUUAAAGAUAACCUUAAAAUAAAUGGAAAUGUCUCCAAAAAAGUCGAAACUGUCCAAUCAAUUAACACAUUCUCGAUUGAAAAUGAACCCUUUGACAUAGAAGACCAGUUGAUAGGGUCAGUUAUAUCGAAAACUAAAUUAAGUGCACCUAUUAAGGAUAUUCCUGCGCCUAAGGAUAUAGCGGUUGAAAUUAACGGCAAAGGUGAAGAAAAAGAAAAUGACUUAAACGAAUCACAAAAAGUCAUCAAAGAAAAUCAAGAAGCGAAUAAUAUAAAACCUGACUCCGAAGUUGACGAAAUUAGUUUUAAACACGAUUUCAACGAACAGAAAUCUAACACAGAUAUUGUUAAUAGUACAAAAAUUUCUAAUGGCAAAAGCUAUCUACGCCGCUUGAACAAAAAGAAAAGUACAAUAAAAAAACUCGACGAUGAACCGAACGAUGAAAUCAAAACUCUUAAAAAAGUAAUUGGUAAAGAAGGUUCGAGAAAAAAAACCAGUACAAACUCACUACUUAUAAAAAAUUAUGAUUUGUGUGAGGAUAAAAACAUACAAAAAUUCUUAUCCACUAAUAACAGUUCUUCUAUAAAACAAAAGAAAACCGUUCAUAAUGAAGUGAUAGAUCUAGAUAAGGUGUCUGAUGCGAGCGUUUCUCCAAUCAAAUUGACGAACUUGUUACCUAUAAAUAAUGAUGAUAAACUUGCAAAAUACAAAUUACAAAGUCAUAGAUUAACCCAUAAAAAUUUUACUCAUAAAAAACGAGACCAAAAGAAUUACAGUGAAAUAAAAUACUUAAAUCAAGUAAUAUUUGAAGAAAUAUCGUCCAAAAAAUCAAAAAACAAAGCUCAUAAAGCUUUCCGUGUCGUGUUGCCUACCGGAACAAAAUUUAAAGCGAUUAUCACAGGAAAAAAGAAUUACGAUGUCAAUAAUUUAAAAAUCAAUUCGGAAGUUAAAUAUCUAUUAUUGAAAAAUUUUUUUAACAAUAAAAUGACUUCCAGUAGUAAAGUUCUCCAAAAGAAAUCAAUCAGGCAUUCUACGAAGACAAACAGGAUCUUGAAUAAUACAAAUGAGGUGGAAACAAUAGAUUUGAUAAGCGAUGAUGAAAUUAACACUGGUGUUACUUUACAAACAGACUCCGGCAAUUUCUUUAUUCGUUCUUCGAACGAAGAUUUUGCAAAACAUCGAAAGAAGUUAACUAGUAAAUGUUUUGUUUCAUUAACGAGAUAUUCUACAGAAGAAUUAAUUGCAUUAAAUAGAAGCAUAAAAGAUAAAGGAUCGUGUGUCAUAGAGGAAAGUUUAUCGUCAGGAAACGAACAAUUUCAGGAUAUUAAGAGCGACGAAUCCGAAAUCACUAAAAUUCCGCUACCUCUGUCUGAUAAAAACGUUUCAGAAACCACGCUGCUAGAAAACGUUUGUGGUAAUGAUAAUAUACUAAACGAACAGAUAGAUUUAGUUUCUGGGGAAAUUAAAAUUGAAACUACUACAGAUGUCAUUCAAAAUGUCCCGAAUACGUUGAUAAUAAAUGACGAUAGUGAAAUAGAAUUUACUUCUGCGACAACUGAAGAACAAAAUCAAGAUUUUCAUGUACCUCUUAAAAUAACACAACAGUACACAUAUAACUUUGAUUGUUAUUUAAAACUUGACAGAUGCGAUGAUUUAGUGAAAAAAUACGAUGUAUCAAAGCAGAAAUGUUAUGUGGAACUUGUGCGUUGUGAUAGUUCUAUUAAAAAGGAAAGUCAAAUACCUCAUCUCUUGGAUGAAGAAACAUCACCAGUAGAUGAAACUUUGCUUUACAAUGAGAAUGAAAGUGAUAACCGGCUUACAAAUGAAGACGUCGCCGGGUAUAGCAAUAUGAAUGAUGAUUUAAUACAUCCCGUAGUCGAAGAGGACGAGGAUAAAUAUGAAUCAAAAAUUGAACGAAGCUCAUCUUGUUCAAUAUUAACAGAUUUUUUAAUAUGCAGAGAAAUAAUGGAUUAUACUGCGAUCGAUAAAGUUCAAAAUUUCAAUAAUGAACAAGAAGGGUUUGUAAAACUACCUGUGUCUUUUGAAGUUACUUGUUAUGCAGAGUGGUCAAUGACAAAACGUGAUUUAUUUCUGCAAACUGCUAAUUCAAACGAAUGCAUUCGCCAAGAUCCUAAUAUGUUCGAUAAUAACAGUCCAAAAUAUGUUGCAGUCUCGGAUAUUAAAGAUGACACUGAAACAGAAAAUGCCCUUUCUACUAUUGAAACACUUCCGAUCUUUCAAGUUCAAAGUUUGGGUAAACUGGCAUUAAAGUUUUUCGAAAGUAACUCAGUUUUAGAUUUGUUAUAUCCUUUAUCACAGGACACUGGAAAAAUAGCAAAAGAUGGUAAUCUUUUACUUAAAAGAAGGUACCAAACACCAUCCUGCGAAAAAAUUGCUAUUACUGAAGAAGUUAAAAACAAACCUGGCGCAUUGACUGAUGAUAAUAUUGAUCUAAACAGUCCAAAACCCGAAAGUGGAAUUUGUGAUGGUGAUUAUUCAAAAGAUGCAAAAAUAUUAAAUAAAACCGAGCGUACAAAAAUUGAUGUUUACAACAUUGAUGAUAUCAAAUUAGAAAAGACAGCAAUAACUAAUGCUAAUGCAAACAUAUGCAAGGAAAUUUCUAAUUCAUUAAAUCCAACCCAAAAUAUUAACGACACUUUAUUUUCAAAUAUUAAUAUUUCAGAAGAUAUUUGUGAUAAUUCAGUAAAAUUUAGCCAGUCUCAAUAUAAAAUAAAUUUCAUUAACACGGACCAUAACUAUGCAACAACUAGUAUGGGUGUCUAUAAUGACUUAAAUCAUUCAAAUGUCACCACCGAGGAUGAAAUUUGUUUAAAUUCAGAAGAACGAACAACUGUAACCAAUAAAGUAAAUGUAGUUCUAGGAAAUAUUGAAAAUAGUAAUGUAGCAAACGACGAAGUACCUGAAGAGGCGUACGAUGUUCUUAGAAAUGUGACACUUGUUUAUCAAGAUAAUGCUGAAAUUGUAUUAAAUGGAAUUGAGUAUGAAGAUCCUAUUGCUGGCACAUGUUACAUGUUUCCUUUGGAAAGUACUACAUUAUUUUCUGAUGUAGUUAAUGAAGGUGAUUACUUUUGUAAUGAUAAACAAGGUGAUGAUACAAAUAACGAUGAUAAUAAGGUCCAAAUAAAGUCUAGUACCAUUGUUGAUGUACAAAGCGAUGAAAGUUUUACAGUUAUACCACCAAUAAAAACAUAUUCAAAAUACAAAGAAGAAAAUAAAAAUUAUUCUUUCGACAAAUUAAGUAAAAGAGGCAUAAAACGCAAAAAUUCUCUAGAUUAUAAAAUUUGUGGAAAACGAUACAGAAAAAGCAAAAACAUCGAUUAUUUAAAAGCAAGCGUUGUCACACAAAGAAAUACAGCGUAUGGUCAAGAGUAUAAACGGCUAUUAAAUUAUUAUGGUUCUAUAAAAUUUUCCUAUACAAGGUCAUUUGAUAAAGAACACAUUAACAUUACGGACUUACACAGGGCUUGGCCCAUAAAAGAAACAUACCACGUGCCAUCUGUCACUGAGUCGUCUGAUAUCUUUAAAGACAAUUCAGAAUCGCCGUGUUUUCCGGAUCCUUUAAAACAAACAUUGGAGGAAGAAUUAUCCUCUAGUUAUAUUGAAUAUCCAAUAACUUCUGAUGAUAUUAGUGAAACCAAUUUCAGUAUGGGUUUUGGUGAGGAGUCCGGCAGAGUCAUACAAAAUUUAGAAAAGAAGGAUAAAACUUUAAAAUUUUCGGCUGCGACUCUGUCGGACGUAAAGCAAUCUCAGCCGUUUUUAAUGUCCAAUGAAUAUGUGGACUGCGAAAAUUCAAAUGAGGUAUCCAAUUCAUCCAUGGAAGACCAAAACAUUAAAUUAAAACCUUACACUGAUUACAUACAAUUAAAAGACAAGGUACGUUCGUAUUUUAAGAAAACAGCCAUGGAGUUGAAGUAUAACUGGAUGAGAGAUAAUUUGAAGGAUAAGGAUAUGAUGAGUAAUUUCAAUGGAGAUUGUAAUUUCACAAAUUGCCCACUAGACCUUUACUUGCAUGAUUUUAUUGAACCUCCUCCAAUCGAAACUAUUGUACAAGUUGUUCAAAUUGGUCAGCUACCGGUAAGUACUGCUGCGCAAAACCCUGUUAGUUGUGAUCCCCGCGUAACGCAAGUUGCAAACGCCAGUCCUCCGCAAUGUUCCGAAGAAAAUAGUUCACAUGAAGAAUCCCAGUCACCAGUAAAAACAGAAUAUACAGAACUCACAACUGCAGACCUUAGUUUACCCUUAGUAGCAGAGUAUAAUCGUCAUGAUUGUCAUAAAAUAACAGAAUCACAGGAACCGGCACAUUUACAUAAUAACCAAGAAAUUUUGCAGUCUGAAUAUAUUUAUUGUAAAAUUGAUCCUAAAGAAGAUUAUAAUCACGAAGAAGUUCAGGAUUUGAGUCUUAGAAAUAAGGAAUUGCGAAUGUUGGGAAAAGAAGAUACAAAUAACUCAGUUUAUCAUUACGACCCCAAUGUUGGAAAUGAAUGUCCAGAGAUAGAUACUCCGACGACUUUUUUUGAAUCAAGUAACAACGAAAAUAAUAAUGUAUCUGAGAGAACGGAUCAGAUAGCUCAUGCAAUGAAUGCCGCUGGUAUUGCUACAACGGUUGAGGACAGUUCAGAAUGUAAUUUUUCAGACAUUAUGUCUGAAAAAUUACAUCAAAACAACGUUGAUUCGACUCAAAAUCACAUAGACAGUUGUUCAAAUGCCGCAUCCAUUAACGCAGUAGCUUUGCAGCAAGCUUUAGCACAAAUUCUUCCUCCACCUUUAAAUCAGACAACUAGCGCAGAAUCUGAUGCACAGACGCCAUCUUUAGCACCACAAGUAUUGCAUAUUGUUCACGGAAAAAAUGAUGAACGUAAUCAAAUAACACUUGUAGAUAACGUUCAGCAGUCUGUUAUAAAUACACCGAAUGCUGCUCCUGUUUUGCAUAUUGUACAAAACAAGGGCCCAAAUACAAACGCCAGUUCUAACGGAACCCCUGUACAGCAAACUAAUUCGUUCGGGGCCUUGUCUCUGGUAGAAUCUGGAUUACAGCAAACUAACAACCAACUCCUCCACAUAGUCAACACUGGAAAUACGAAAGAUAACAAUGCAAAUCAACUUCUUAAAAGGGUAAAUCUUCUUACUAAUCUUGCUAAUGUCCAAGGUUCAAAUGAACAAAAAAUGUUACAAUUCGUGUGUAAAUCUCCCGACGGCAAAGCAAUUCAGCUAAACGCCCCACAUCAAGGUAGUAUGGUUCUGAGAUUACAGCCCAUCGAAGCUCAAAGUGUACAAGAUGGCCUGUCAAAUACUGAACAACUUAGCCCAUCACCUCCUGUACCAAGUAAUGUACUUGUACAAGAAAACAUCAAUACACAACAAGAAAUAAAAUCUCGAUCUGUUUACGAGGAAAACUAUGCUAAAUUUAUCCAAAAUACUUCGAGUAAAUGUAGUCCAGAAAAAGCCACAAGCCUUCCAAAAUUUAAUCAAGCGUUUGGAAAACCUGUAUUUCAAGAGGAAAAUCAAAAAGAAAGCGAAAUGAAUAGUAACGACGCUCACUUACAGCCAGUGAAUUCAAUUGAUGAUACUUCUGAAACUUCCGAUAAUGGUAUGAAUCUUGAUCACAUUGGGCAAAUCAGUAGCCCGCCAUUGUUGUUGCGAAAAUCACCCCAAAAUUCGCAAGCCCAACCUAGUUUAGUUCAACACAUUAAGCAGUCCGUUACUCCUACGAAUACUCCUAUGAAUAUUCAAACUAUGCACGGUGGAGUUAUUUAUACACGACAAAUACCUGUCAAUAUUGGUGGAGGACAGACAAUAAAUUUGAUAACAGUACCUAGUACAGAGCUUGUAGAUGACUCUAACCACAAACAAUCUGAUGUCAAGUAUGUUAAUCAAGGUGAAAUUGUUGAACCAUCUAUAAUUAAAAUUGUACCACAAACAACGACUACCUCUGACUUGUCACCUGAUGAACCAAAUCAUAAUACUGGUACUUUAAAUGAAGGUGCGCAAAAUACUCAAACACCACCUGUUUUAACACAGAUGCGAAUAAAAUUGCCGAUGUUGAGUAAAGCACCACAAAUGGUAUCUGGUACGAGGGUAGUUAGACCAUCAUUUUUUCAAAUACAAAGAAACGUCAUCGGAGGCACCAACCAACCUGUUUAUCAACAGUUGGUGCUAACUGCUGCACCGCCACUGGGCCAACAGACUAUAAGAUUACCACAAACGCAAAUGACGAGGCAAAUUAAAGUACCUAACGAAAGUCCCCCGGAAUCACAAUUGAGUUCAUCGACUCUUGAACAAUUAAGAGAAUUUGACAUGGUAUUGGAACAAGUCAAAGAAAGGAGCACGGUACACCCGAAUUCUACUGCAAUUAACUCUAUGUCGAAACCUCACACUACCACGUCUAGUGAAGCGAACGACAGCGCCUCAGCCGGACCGACAGCUACAGAGCCAUCUCAAGUACUAUAUUCUGCAGGAACAAAUCAACAGUUUAAUAUCGCAUAUGUGAAUAGAAAGUCUACCGUUACAACACCAACUACUUCAACGUUCGUCCGAUCCCCAGAUUCAUCAGUAACUGAAUCUCCCACUUCUUCGAGUCACAUUCAGGUUUCACAAACAGUUACAUCUGCUACAACCUCCAGUAGUACAUCUGCGCAACAAAGCAAUCCAAAGCCAGUUAAAGUUAGUUCUAGAUCAAGACCAAGACCUAAAGCUUCGUCGAAUCCUCCAAACACAUUAAAAUUAAAUAAUGUACCGCCUAAGCCCUCAACACAGAAGCCGCUAGAAGAUGAGCAGACGACGCAAAGAAUCCUCUAUAUAUUAGCCGAAUAUAGAGAGCAAGUUGAGAAUUGUCCGGAUAAGAACAAACCAGCACCCCGUAGACGAACAAAUCCACCAUCCAAUCCUGGAUCCUCGAAGCGAAAGAAGAGUUCUAGUGGCUCAAGACGAUCGGGUGCACGAGACUCGAGUCCCAUACAUGGCGAUGACGCCAAUCGCACUAUGGGCUCCGAAGACAGCAGCUGUGGAACAUCACAAGGCGACUAUAAUGAGAACUGCUUAGAAAGCCCUUCGCCGCAAGACAGUCCACGUAAACUGCCAAGAAAGUUGUCAUUCGAAAACGAAACACCGCCCGCUCAACCGCGACCGCAGUUGCAGCGUAAUGUUAUAGUUGCGGAUGGUCAGACUAUCACCGUCGCCCGGGGACCAACGGGAAAGCCCGCUACGGCCUUGCUUAUGCCGGCCAACUAUAUCCUGCCAGUCUCUAUGCUGAAGGGUCAGCAAAUCGCUAUAGUCACAAAUCGUGGUCCAAAACUGUUAACCGUGAGCGGCGAAGGAGGGACAACGGGUGCGCUGUUGUUGCAACGGCUGAUCGGUCCUGCUGGGCUGAAACCCAUGCUGGCCCGGACCGGUGUGCGCCACGUGCGGUUGCCCGCGGCAGCGCUGCACAAUCUCCACGCGUUCAACUUCGCAACGGCGACGACGGUACAGCCGCCCGACAGCACGAUAUCGCCCCCAUCCGCAACGACGCCCCCAGGCCUCGUCGAAACUGGAACGGCAGCCACGCCUUGGACCGAAAAAGAGACCCAAGAUGUUAAACCGGAACGGACCCCGAGUCCGGCCGGGUCCGAGCCUUGGAACGUUCCGACAUCGGCCAGUACGCACGAAUACACCUACGAAGAGACUGUGCGCACCGACAACUUGGACAGGACCGUACUUGUUGUGCAGAAGAGAGACAUUUCCACACACCGACAACAUAGAUUGACUCACGUGACCGCCGCAGCCCUGAGGCAUAAGUAUGCUAUAUUGGAACACGAACUAAGGCUGCAGAAAUCGCUAUCCGAGGAAUGCGAAGACUUGGGCGUGGACUCGCCGUCUGCCUCGGAACUAUUCCCGGAGGCCGAGCUGCUGUUCGCCGGCUCUCCGGCACAGCAGGACCACACGCAGGAACCGCACCCACACCGCCCGCACACACCUCCACCAAUUAUAAUUAACCAAAGCAUGCCUCGCCCUGACAUGGACGAUCAAAUCGCCAGCGACCACCUCCUGCAGCGCCCCGACCUGCAGGAGGAAACCAACAGUGACCUGGCCAUGAAUCUGGGAUUGGAUGACGUCGGUAUAGUCACGGUGACUGAGAACGGAGCCACUAUCACCUUGGAUCACGAGGAGUUUGCAAGGUCACAUCCCAAUACAACCUUCCAUAAGGAACCAACAGAAGAAACGGAGAUGCAUCCUUAUACAAUAUCGGAAGUUAAAAGCCGUCAUGUUACAUCGACAAUAUUCCAUGCUAGUAGAGCCCCGGGUACGGUGCUGAUGGGCCCGCAGACCACUGUCAUCUCCCAGGCGAGUCACGACAGCCCUCACAUACAGCACAACGUCAGAUACACACACAUGGAGAACAUCAUCAACCCGCCGGUCGCACAACAACACAACCUCAACCUAUCCACCGUACUCGUAAAAGAUGACGGCCUAACGAGGUACGACAGCAUCCUGACUGAUUCCCGGGAACUGCAUCUCUCCAACACCGCCUCCGCCAUCGUCCACUCGGUCGGCAACGCCACACAGGUCAUCAGAAGAGUCGGGUACGAUGAUGACAAACGAGAUCCGAGGUUCCUCAUGGACGAUACUGACACAUUGAUGGAUGGUGACCAUGCCAAAAUGAUGGGAGAAGACAGCUCGAGGGAGGCGCUCGAAUCCAUGUCAGGGGACGUGGACUACGAUCGAUUAUCACCGGAGCGCCCGCCGGAACUGUAUUGGGAAUCUAAUUCUAUGAUGGAUCGCUUAGAGAGCAGACGACAUAUGGACUACAGCAGCGACAGCGAAAAGUGUUGCAAGAGCCCGCCGUACGACGAGAACAACUCCAUGGACUCAUACGGGCUCAUGGGCCCGCAAGUGAGACUGGACUCGGUGAUCAAGGACGCGAGGGGAAUAGACCGCAGCGGCAGCGCAGACGGCUCCUCGGCCGACGAUGCCAUGCCACCGCUGCGCACGUAUCCCGCCAAGCGGGUGUACCACCAUCCCGGGGACAGGGAUCCGGGCAGGAGUCUGUCGGGGAAGACGAGAGCCGGAGAGAGGCUGGACAGCAUGGACGUGCGGCGGCGCGCGUCCGGCCGCGGCGUGGUUAAGCGUUGCUGCCACUGCUGCUCCGGCUCGCCCCUGCCGCCGCGCCCCAAGAAGCCCAAGCCGAGGAAGCCCACCCUGGACUACAACAUGCACUAAACACGACACACCACUUGUAUAAAGCCAAGCAUACCAGACUGAACGAUGAUCUCAUUCGCGUGAGGUUCCAUUUUGUAGUUUUAAUAUAGUGAUAAAAAAAAGAAAUUGUUAAACUUGUUUUGUAUAUAACCUUGUGUUGCUGAAUUUCGCGACUGUACCUUCUGUUGAUUAGCUUAAGCCGUUUCCUUUAAGUGUUAGGAGUGAAUCAGUUGCGAUCUGUCACCGGUCAGUUCAAAUCUUUUGUACGCUUCUUCGUGACUUCUCAUUGAGGCAUUUUGAUUGUUAUUAUUUUUUGUAAUUCUUGUAAUAUAUUCAUUAUAUAUGAAAUACUAGAUGAUUGUAAAAACUGUACUUCUGUAGGUAUAAUUUGAUUGUAGGCUAAGUGUUUCCUUUAGAAAUUACAGGCUAUACUCAAACGUGAAUUUAAUAUAUUAUCUAGGAAUUAGCGACUUCGAUACGAUGUUAAAUGUGUCCCCUUCUUGAUGUUAGACUGAUUAAAUUUUCUCCUUAGUAUGUUUCACAUUAUUCAAAGAAAAUGUUUUGUAUUUUGUUUUUAUAUUACUCUAAUAAUGUAUUAUAUUCGUCUAGAUAAUAAGCUACUUCCAUGGUGAUGCACAAAAUCUAUCGACCGUUAUAAAACCAGCUUUAAAAAAGUGGGAUAUUUAUUUUUAAAUAACAAGAAUCUUUUCGACGCGACUGUACUACAUUUACGAUAAAAUGAUUUGCUAUCAAUUUUUUUUAUAAUUUAAAGAGCGGCCGAUAAUUUAAAUGAUCAAUUUAUUUAAGGUAUUUGAAUUUUUUUUAAUAUCCAUAGAUUAAUUUAUAUACUAUGUAAAUAAUUAGCCCGCCCAUUUCGCUUUCGGGGAGCGUCUAGUCACUACUAUAAAUGUCAGUGUUGCGGCGGAAGGCGCACCGAAUACUAACUUUCAGUAUUCAACUCGCUUCUGUAUAUAAAUAUGCAGAUUUAGAUAAAAUAUAUAACUAUUCAACAUAGCUGUAUUCUUGAGAAAUGUUCAUAUGACUUUCUCACUGUAUAUAAAGUGCGGAGGAUGGGGAGAAAUGUUUAAGAUUUAGUGAAUUUAGCAAGUACGGGCGCAUUUAUAGCAAAUUGUCAUGCCCGAUAUCAUAACGCGGGUUUAUUAUGAAUAUUAAUUAGUGGACGUUAAUACAUUGUGUUGUGGUGAGAUAAAUAUUGAAAUUUCUUGAUUUAAAUCGAGUUUACUUUGUUUUAGUUGAACUUUAGCUUUACGUACAGUUUUACGUUACCUUUUAGGUAUUUAAACCUCAAUGGAAUAGAGUGAGAUAGUGAUAGUUUUGCUAAGUUACCAGUAAUAUGUUUUAUUUAUAUCAAAAAUCAAGAUAUAUAAGGCAUUACAUUUAGUUGUCAUGAAUAAAUGGAGUUGAAAAUUAAUCAUUUACGAACAUAUAAUUCAACGAUUCAACAAUUUUAUUUUAAUCAAUGUUUAGUAAUCGUUUUAACUUUUCAUGAUUCUUCUUCUUUUAGUUACUAGUGGACCCCAUCAACUACUACUAUUUAUGAUUAUUUUUAUCAUUUAAAUAAAAUGACAUUUAUGACCUUGAAUUAAAUCAAUAUGUUUCAUAUUUUCUCAUCCGAAACACGAUUAAUGUAGCUGUAAGAUAGUUGUAUUAGGUAAUGUUUCGUGAUUCGGCGCGGCCACAAAACCCGAUAAUUCUUCGGUCAAGUGAUU